CGCCACCUCCCCCCUCCUCGGCUUCCUUCCCCCAUCCCCUCGCCUCUCCCCUCCCUGCCCUCGCGCUCUCGCUCGCCCUCCGCGCGGCCCCCGCCAUGACGGAGGCGGGUGCCGGUGCCGUUGCCGCCGCUGCCGUCGCAGGGGGGGAGCCGGGUUCCCAGAAAGUAGCUUGAUGAGUGUCCAAAGUAGCAGUGGAAGUUUGGAGGGGCCGCCAUCUUGGUCCCAGCUCUCCACGUCUCCAACCCCGGGCUCGGCGGCGGCGGCCAGGUCCCUGCUGAAUCACACGCCGCCAUCCGGGAGGCCCAGGGAAGGUGCAAUGGAUGAGCUUCAUAGUCUGGAUCCAAGAAGGCAAGAAUUAUUGGAAGCUAGAUUUACAGGAGUUGCAACUGGGAGCACCGGGAGCACUGGGAGCUGCAGUGUUGGAGCUAAAGCUUCAACAAAUAAUGAAAGCUCUAAUCACAGUUUUGGAAGCUUGGGAUCUUUAAGUGACAAAGAAUCAGAGACACCAGAGAAGAAACAAUCUGAAUCAUCCAGAGGAAGAAAGAGAAAAGCAGAAAAUCAGAAUGAAAGUAGUCAGGGAAAAAGUAUUGGGGGACGUGGCCACAAAAUUAGCGACUAUUUUGAAUACCAAGGUGGGAAUGGCUCAAGUCCAGUAAGAGGCAUACCUCCUGCAAUCCGUUCUCCUCAGAAUUCACAUUCACAUUCCACUCCUUCCUCAUCUGUUCGACCGAAUAGCCCUUCUCCUAUUGCAGUAGCUUUUGGGGACCACUCUAUUGUACAACCAAAGCAGUUAUCCUUUAAAAUUACUCAGACUGAUCUCACAAUGCUGAAAUUAGCAGCAUUAGAAAGUAAUAAAAACCAGGACCUGGAAAAGAAGGAAGGUCGUAUAGAUGACUUGCUCAGGGCUAACUGUGAUCUCAGACGGCAAAUAGAUGAACAACAAAAAUUACUUGAAAAAUACAAAGAACGAUUAAAUAAGUGCAUAUCAAUGAGCAAGAAAUUGCUUAUUGAAAAGAGUAACCAAGAAAAACUGUCAAGCCGGGAGAAGAGUAUGCAAGACAGAUUACGCCUUGGACACUUCACAACAGUUAGACAUGGUGCUUCAUUUACUGAACAAUGGACAGAUGGUUUUGCAUUUCAGAAUCUUGUGAAGCAACAAGAAUGGGUGAAUCAGCAAAGGGAAGAUAUUGAAAGGCAAAGGAAACUUCUAGCCAAACGCAAACCUCCCACAGCUAAUAAUUCUCAGGCACCCUCUACCAACUCUGAACCAAAACAGAGGAAAAAUAAAGCAGUCAAUGGCGCAGAAAAUGAUCCCUUUGUUAGACCAAAUUUACCGCAACUGUUGACUUUGGCAGAAUAUCAUGAACAGGAAGAAAUUUUCAAACUUAGACUAGGACAUCUCAAAAAGGAAGAGGCAGAAAUUCAGGCAGAACUUGAACGUUUGGAAAGAGUAAGAAAUCUGCACAUUCGAGAGCUCAAAAGGAUAAAUAAUGAAGAUAAUUCACAGUUCAAAGAUCACCCAACGUUAAAUGAAAGAUAUUUAUUACUUCAUCUGCUUGGUAGAGGUGGCUUUAGUGAAGUGUAUAAGGCUUUUGACCUUUAUGAACAAAGAUACGCUGCUGUGAAGAUCCAUCAGCUUAAUAAAAGCUGGAGGGAUGAGAAAAAGGAAAAUUACUAUAAACAUGCCUGCAGAGAGUAUAGAAUACACAAAGAGCUGGAUCAUCCCAGAAUAGUUAAACUCUAUGAUUAUUUCUCCUUGGAUACAGAUACGUUUUGUACAGUGUUAGAAUACUGCGAAGGCAAUGACUUGGAUUUCUAUCUGAAGCAACAUAAAUUAAUGUCGGAGAAAGAAGCUAGGUCUAUUGUAAUGCAAAUUGUAAAUGCACUAAGAUAUCUCAAUGAAAUCAAACCCCCUAUUAUACAUUAUGAUCUUAAGCCAGGAAACAUCCUUCUGGUGGAUGGAACAGCUUGUGGAGAAAUCAAAAUCACUGAUUUUGGUCUGUCCAAGAUCAUGGAUGACGAUAGCUAUGGUGUAGAUGGAAUGGACCUAACUUCCCAAGGGGCAGGCACUUACUGGUAUUUACCUCCUGAGUGUUUUGUAGUUGGAAAAGAACCACCAAAAAUUUCCAACAAGGUUGAUGUGUGGUCAGUUGGAGUCAUUUUCUUUCAGUGUCUUUAUGGCAGAAAGCCAUUUGGUCACAAUCAAUCUCAACAAGACAUUCUUCAAGAAAAUACAAUAUUAAAAGCCACAGAAGUUCAGUUCCCUGUAAAACCAGUUGUAAGCACUGAAGCCAAGGCCUUUAUACGACGCUGUUUGGCAUACCGAAAAGAAGAUCGAUUUGAUGUGCACCAACUGGCAAAUGACCCGUACCUUCUCCCACACAUGAGAAGAUCAAACUCUUCAGGAAACUUACACAUGGCUGGGCUGACAGCAUCCCCCACACCCCCUGCUUCAAGCAUAAUGACUUACUGACUUUCCUCCAAAAUUGGCAUGACACCUUUGAAUUGCUUCCAGGUGCACACUUGAGUUUAAGAGCAUUUGAGUGUUUUUUUGUUACUUUCUUUUUUACACAGGACAUGAUUGAGAACUGUUCGCAAGCUGAAGUUCUUUGUGGCGUCGUUUGUAUGAGAAAGGAUCAUGGACAGUGAAUAAAUGUACACUUCUGACUAUAAAUAACCUUGAGACGUGAAGGGUGACUGCCUGUUGCACAGAAACGGGAAUACCAUGUUCAGACAGAAGAAAAAUGAUUUGUUUGGGGAAACACUGUAAAUAGCGUUUAUAAUACUUAAAUACAUUUGGUUGUUACUAAAGAGUUCUAAUAUGAAGGGUAGUUUUUCAUUAUUUAAAAACACUUGGAAAAAAUGAGAAGUAUUUCUAACACAAGAACUACAGUGCCUGGAUACAUUCUUCAGCAUUUGGCAGUUAAUCUGCCGAGACCAAAGUAAGACCUGAAUGACAGUGACAGUUGUGUUUUAUAGAUAGAAUGUGAGAGUUAGAAUCUUUGGACAAGGUUAGACUUUGUCAUUUGCCUGUUCUGGCUUUUACCACAUUGUACCUCGAAAUCACAUGUCCUUUUUUUUCACUGGUUAUGUUAAAGGGAGAGCUAUUAUUCCUAGAUACUUUACACCUUUGACAAAAUGAGCUGCUCAUUUUAAAAUCAGUUGAAUUCACUAAAUUGUAAUAUCUCCAGUGUUUUCAACAUGUUAGAAGUAACAUAUUUUUGUUUUGAUACCAGGCCUUGUUCAUUAAAACAAAUGACAGUAUGUAACCAAAUGCAGACCAGUUCUAUGCAGGAUAAUGAUAAAUUCCCUUCUAGCUCUAUUGUAAAUUGUUGUACAUAUGUCAUAUUUCAAUUACCAAGUUUCAGCAGCUUAUUCUUGUACAAAUGUUUAAAAAUAUGGCUUUUCUAAUUGGAUAUUGUAUUUUUUUUAAGUCUUGAAGGCGCUUUAAUUGCUGCUAAAUGAUGUUGCUUCUUUGCUAAAAAAAAUCGAAUGACCUCCUUAAAAAGGUGCAAAUUGACUGUACAUCAUAGAGGCAUAUUAAAAGCAGGCAUUCAUUAACAAUCAAGGCAUGUAAAAUGAUCCAUGUUGGACAUACAGAGUUCUCUAAAUCAGUUUCUUGGGUUCUAGGGCUGUGGAGCACAUAGAUACUAGAUUUAUACAUUGUUCAUGGUUAUUCUACAUUUCUAGAAGGUUCUUAUCAGCAAGGUGGGAUGAUGGUCCCAUAAACAAGUUUCUUGUGGUUUAUACAGAUUUGUUAAAAUGUGAACAUUUUCUAACUGCCUGGUAUGGUAGAAGCCAUUUUUCAGGAUGUUGUAUUUUACUCCUGUAAAAAUUAUUCCUUUAUUGUUAUAUUCAUAAUGCUGAUACAUGUAAGUUGUCCAUGUUGCUGAAAAAGGAGGCUCUACUUACUUUACCACAGAUUCUCCUUAAUAUUGUACAGUUAGACUGUGGCUGUUAUUUCUGAUAUUGCAAGCCAUUUUGUUUUUCCAUUGUACAUACACACAUUGUCUCUUUAAAAUGCUGCUGAAAUUGUAGAGAAUGUAGCCAAACUGGUAAUAAACAAUGACAGUUAAAAUGUAAA